AUGGAGGGAGAAGUGAGAAGAGUGAACGUAGUUUACUUCCUUAGCCGUUCGGGACAUGUCGAGCAUCCUCAUCUCUUGCGUGUUCAUCAUCGCAGCCCCAACGGCGUCUUCCUACGAGAUGUAAAGAGAUGGUUAGGGGAUGCGAGGGGGAACGCGAUGCCAGAUUCGUUUUCUUGGUCGUACAAGAGGAGAUACAAGAAUGGUUAUGUAUGGCAAGAUCUGUUGGACGAUGAUCUUAUAACACCGAUUUCCGACAAUGAAUAUGUUCUUAAAGGUUCUGAGAUCCUCCAUGCCUCACCCAAGGAGCAUUCACUGACUGUAGGAAAGAAAGCUUGGGGGCCAAGAAACGGCGACGGAGCGGAUGAAAGCCACCAGACUUCGACGACGGAGUCUUCGAGAAGAUCCACCUCCGGAAUCUGCAAAGAAUCUCCGAUCUUCGGGUCUCAGAGAUCGUCGGCAGGAACAACGGUGACCGACGAGUCGAUAACGAACGAGGAAGAGACGAGCGUUCUGAGGACAAAGAACCUCCAAAAGUCUGACGACUUUCAUCAGUGCGGCGGGAAAAACGCGACGGACGGUGACGGUUCGACGGGAAGGCCGAGCGUGUCGUCCUCGAAAUCGUCCGCGAGUUACAGGAGGAGCAAGAGCUAUUCAAGCGGGGCUUCGCUACAAGUGCUCCGGAGUCUGAUGACUUGUGGUGGCUUGGACAUAAACGACACCGUUUUGAUGCCUCUGAAUAGGUUUUCCAAAGCUCCUCCUCCCUGUUCGGGCUGGGAAGAAGAUGAAGACAGACGCCAUUACCAACAGCAACAGCACUAUUCCCGUAAAAGCUUCGACGGGGCAUGGAAUGGGCUAAAGAUGAAGGAGAAGAUCGAGUUCUGCAGACCAAAGUCUGCAAUGGCGCCGAUCUGCUCGCAAUGUGGGAAAACGUUCAAGCCGGAGAAGAUGCACUCGCACAUGAGACUGUGCCGUGGGAUGAAGAACUCGGCCAAGAACGUGUCCCCGUCCGGAAAUACGAAGACGGCGCCGGUACGACCGCAAGGGAUCUCGCCGGAAAAUGUAUCGGCCGGGCGAUACGUUUUGUCGGCGAGGGAUUGACGGCGGUUGACGGAAAAUUGUCAGCAAAA